UGAUGGAAAGACACGUGUAACAAACACGCGAAGGAUAGCCGCUCUUCUUCAUUUCGGUUUAUUAGCUCAUUUACUAGGCACGCAAAUCAUAGCGCACCAUUUUGUAAGGCUUUUACCUUGUGGUAUAGGCAGCUGAGCCUUUGGUAUCAGAGGAAAUGGAGUCGAAAAUCUCGUUUCUGGCCGGCGGGGCGUCAGGCUCAGUCCCGUAGUGCCCUUUACCUUCGCUAGCAGUUCACCUGACGGUAAUAUGGAGCAAUUACUGCUGCCGCCAGAGGGCGGUCUUCGGCGUGAGCCUUCCGGCGCAUUUUUCGUUCCUUCUUGGACACGGUCAACGUGCAGCGGCGACGUGACAACGGAUACAUCCUCUACAUCUAUUGGCGAGGCUGAAGAACAACAGAACAAUUCGCGGAGGAUUUCCCUGUGCAAGCAAGUUCUGCUGGAGGCCACCUUAAACUUCAACACUGCUCCGUCAGCUCAGAUGCCGGUCUUGAAGACUCCAGCUUGCAGGAAUAGUGGCGCUCUUCUACCGCUCCUCAACAUGUUGGCAGCGGAGCAGGAGCCUACGCGCACCGUGCGCUCCCUUCACACGCUUAGCUUCCUGCUGCUGGACAAAGCUAAUCGCCGGGUUUGCCAUGAACUCCGUGCGCUUGAUACCCUUUUGGACAUCUUGAGGCGGGCCACGGACCAGCAAGUGCUAAUUAGUGCCUUGGAGGCGAUUUGCUGCCUCUGCAAGAAUGACGCCAAGGAUAAGAUGUCCUUGUGGCAGCACCCGAAUAAGGGUGCCCUUCUUUCCAUGCUUAGCAACCGACACAGCAGCGUCAUCGUAACCGAGGCCCUAGUCACAUGCCGCGCCCUCUGCUUCGCUCCGAGCGGGACCAGCUCCAGCGGCACUGCAUUGGUGUCGCCGGUUGGCUCCUUCACCGGCUCUUGCGGCUUUCCCGGCUGCAAGGAGCAGCAGCCCUCGGACCACGGCUCGGCGGGAGGUGCCUCCUCCUCUGGCUUGGCGAGCUCCACCGCACGGUGCCCCUCCAUGCAGCUCCUGGAGCCCGCGCUGCUCACGGUUGCCUCGGAGCUGCUGCACCCUUCCACGGACACGCAUGUGCUGCUGCGGGCCCUGAAGCUCCUGCUCUCGGCAUCUGCCAUUGUCAGCUCUGCGGCGGGGGGCAGCAGCAGCCAGGGCAGCUUCUGGCACAACGCGGUGUUCCGCAUGGUGCCGCUGCUGACGCACUGCUGCGAGGUGGACGUGGUGGAGGCGGCGCUGGCGGUGCUGGUGAACCUUUCGGAGCACCGCGUCUUCCACAACAUGUUUUACGCGGCGGGCUGCAUUCCACCGCUGCUGCACCUGCUGAGCCAUAAGCGCAGCGAUGUGAGCCAGUCGGCCUCCUGCGUGCUGAGCGCGCUGUCGGAGGGCGGCCUCUCUCGCGACAAGCUCUGCCAGGAUACGGCACUGCUGGCCAUGCUGCGGGUGCUGCAGGCCAACCACAGCGUCGUGGUCACGCUGGGUGUUCUGUACAUGCUGGGGCGCCUGGCGGCCUACCGCGCCCAGGUGGUCCGCAGCCUCAAGGCCUGGGGCGCCGUGCAGCUGCUCACACGCCUGCUCGCCACCACCCGCGACGAGGACGCGGCGGAGGGCUGUCGCCAGCUGAUGCAGCUGCUCGGCGUCCCGGUGCCGCAGCCGCCCCAGCCGCCUGCCUUGGCUGCCAUUGCAGCCCCCGAUCGCCCCGGCAAGUGCUCCUCCAUGGACGGCAGCACCCGCAUGGCAGCUAACCCGGCGACCCUGCAUGUGGCGUUUAGCAGUAUUGCAAUGUUUGGUGGUGUUGCCGGCGGAUCCCCGCCCGGUCCCAUUACUGGCAGUGCGGGCGGAGUGGGCGCGCUGUGUCGCACCAUAUCUGCGGCGGCCACGGUGACCGGGGCAGUGGCUGCAGAGGAUUAUGCGCCGCUGGGGCCUACAGCGAUGGGAGCUAUUGCAGCCGCCGCCUCCAUGCCGAAACCCUUGGAGGCGGAGGUUGCGGGUCCUGAGGGUUGCGCGCCGUGCAACGGCGACAGCCCCUAUCAGCGCAGUUCCCUCCGGUAUUUCGGGGUAGCAGCUGGUGCGGCGUGCGGUCCUGUUGGCCCCAUUGCGGCUGCUGUCCCUCCUGCAGCGGCAUACUGAGGAUUGGAAGGCGCCUGCCGGACAAUUGGCUUAUCAACGUUACACGAAUUCCCCGUCUCAUUAAUGUAUUCGUGGCUUGGUCGGAAUCCCACUAGCCGACUUGGUAUACUCGCGUGCCUGAACACCAAUCCGUAAACGAAUGAUGCGGCAUUAUGAAUGUAUUAUCCAUUGUGCUCUAGUACUUUGCCGGCGUUUCGCGUGAUUACGAGGUUUAUAGUGUCCCAGCUUCUGUACCAUGGCCUAAUGGACAUGGGCAAAGCGGGCGCAUGCUAUGGCGGUUUUCCCACCUUCACUGACUUUGCACAUGGAACCCGGUGUGAUCCCCUGCUGCGUGUGGUUUGCGUGGGCUUAGUCUUGGCUUUGUUGCCAGUGUUGUUUGGUGGCGUCCUGUCACACAUCAGCAGUCCGGUGCACGUCUGCCAUUCCCGGGUGCACGGACAGUUGUUUUCCUUAUGACUGCCCGCUGAUGCUGGCCGGACGGGGUUGUGUGCGCAUCGGAUUUGGGUCCCUUACGGGCGAGCGUCGCAGCUUCGGCUAUGGCUUUUGGCGAUCGGUGCGAUAGCCUUUGACUGCCCUUGCCCUCUGGCGGCCCUAGAAGAAGAAAAAGCCGGUCUAGAUAAUGCUUGUGGGCAACAAGAUAUAGUGCACAGCGCGUAUGCACACGCGAACGUGUGUGCAUGCGUUGCUUCGUUACCGCCGCUCCCUUUCAUUUCGCUCACAUCAUCUCUAAACAAACAUGGAUAGUAGGAGAUUGCAGGUCGGGAUUUGCAUGGCUGCUCGUCAUGCUGCUGCUUUUGUACCCCUCGCUCGCUCUAUGGGAGAGCCGCGUGGCUUGUUGAACCCGAGAAUUGUGUCGGUUUUUGCGCGUCUGUUGGGCGUUGCGGUGCGAACCUCAAAUCAUUUGGUGUUGCCUAGUGUUGGUAUUUGUGUUGUAUUGCGUGUUUUGGUUUUUUGCUUUCACAAGGGUGAUUGUGCAGCGAUUCCUUCCGACGUUGCAGUUCAGGGAUGCUGCGGGUGGUUUGCGGUUCUGCUGUGAGGCUGAGUGGUGGAGGAUUCCCGACACAGCCACAUGGUAUCAGCUGCCAAAAUUUUGACCCCCGGAUGCUCCUUUGAACUUGCCUUGCGAAUUCAAUACGCUUACUGUCGUGCGAAGAGAGCCGUUUGUUGAUCGCUGGGUUCUGAAACCUUUUGGCUUGGUUGGUGCGCCCCUUUGGCCUCCUGAGCCGCGUCACUGUUGCUGUUGACUGCGCACGCCGCCGCGCUGGCACGUUGCUGGGUUGCGGCGUUGGAUGUCCGAGGGGUGUCCGCUCCCAUCGAUUGUUGGGUUUUUGGUGGCUGUGGUUGAACAGGGGGAUUAUCAAGGGGGAGAGGAGGAUGGGGAGGACGGGUGGUUUCUUCCUUGCACAUGUCGCAGGCAGCGUUGGAAUGCAUAAGGUGCCUGUGGGCUUGUUGAUUAGCGAUCUGCAGAAACAAAAUCACGGCGGCAAAGGCGCGUAACCUGUCCGCUAAUCGAGCUUGGUUGGAAGCAACCUGUGGGCUUUCCGACGUGUUGUAUGCCGGCUUAACUUCACUUUUGCGACCCUUUAUUAAGGGACAAGGCACGCGAAAACGUUUAUUGUUAAAUUCAGGGGCGUGGAAGGGGCUGAUGGGUACAAUGGAUCUCAUUCGGUCCGCUUCUGCCUAAUUGUGUUUAUUAAUUGAUCCUGCCAACCCAUCGAACAGCAUGCAGCUGUUGUGGCCCCACUCCUGUGCUGUGGUGCAAUGGAGAGGUGAAGGGGCGCAGCUGCAUCACCGGCUGCUCGAUGGGGGAUCACCUGGGUAUCGUACCCGCGGUCUUCGGGGUAUGGGGUAAACAUAGGGCCUUUUGUACUGUUCUCAUGAUCCUGGCGCGCUAUUUCCAAUACCAACUGCUGCUUCUGACGUUUGCUUGCUUAUUGCUGCGGUCAGUACUAUUCUCCAUCGCUGAUCAAUUCUGGUCAGUGGCGGUCAGGAACAGUGGCGGUGGCUGUGAUUGCGCCUUGGUCCAAGGAAGCGGCCGCUCUGUAUGUGUUCUGGGGGGUAUUUUAUCCCUUGAUAUGUCGUUCACCUGGAGCAGCUUGUGCGCGAACAAUGGGCGAGAUUUUGAUGCAGACAUCAUCUUGCAAAAGCCCUGACAUGCGGGGCUGCCUUGCUGCUCCCCGCUUAACACCGCCAGUGAUGACGGAGAUGACCCCUACACGGCCGCGAUCCGCUGCUGCCCCGGCGGGUGUGAGGCCGCAUGGCGUGGUUGGGUUGUCGAGCGGAACUGACUCACGGCAAUUGAUGUGUGCACGAUGGUGCUGAGCGCCCAACGGCGCCGCGGUGGCGGUAUGGAACAUGAGAACAUGGAUGUGAUGGGAUUUGCUUUGAUUAGGAGGAGCAGGAAGUAGGCUGGACGUCUAGCUGAGAGAGUUUGCGUGCCUACACUUGUUGUUGUCGUCGCUUCCCGGAUUAGCCGGUGAGUCAAAAGAGCGGAGUGGCAACAAUGCGCGCUAUAGAGAGUUAUGUUGUGCGGGAUGGUGCUUUCGGUGAGGGACUCUUUACCGAGGAAAAGAUGGGGAGGACGCUUGGGUGGUGCGGAGCCCUGGUGCUGCUGUUGGCCUGGAUAUACCAGACAGGAGGCCUGUGCAGGACACUUGCCAAGAGUGCUGGACGACCAAACAGAAAUCGCUCUUGUGGCCCGAUUUUCUGAGAGUAAACUGUUUUUAAGAGAUGAAAACCCUACUAUUAUUAUAAUUCCUAGUUGACUGUGAACCCCGUUGCUGUCCACGUUUAUAAAUUUUGGGUGGUGCUGUGACUACUGCUGUUACAUGUUAAUGGUGGGCCCUGCUGUAGUGCUGCUGAAUCGCUUCCUGUCCCCUAUGGAAGCCAUCAUGUCUCGCUACAUUCCCUUGCUGCUGAAUCGCUAUUAGGUUGUGAGGUGUCAGUAGAGAACAAAACAAUACAUCACAAAGAUAUUGUAAGAGUCCUGAUACGCAG